GUACACUUUUCAGCAGACAGAGAAAACUAUGCUAGAGCACUGUAGAUUUAGAGAGGUGUGUGUAGUGCAUCAUCAGCCAUAUGUGACUGAAGCAGCGGCGUGGGAUCAACAGGAUGAUUGACAGUUGGUGGUGCUGAGUCACAUAGCAGAAUGCCCGGUGUGCCCCGUGGGGCCUUGCAACAUCACACUGUGCCCGUAGCCUGUGCCAUUAUCUGUUCCUGGCUGUUGAUCCUGGUCCAUUCUGCCUUUUGCCAGAAACCUGCAAAGCUGCCUCUGGUGGGCCGCAAGCCUUUCCUGGCAGCCUGGAAUGCUCCACUGGAUAUGUGUACGCUGAAGUACAAUAUCAAUGUCAGCCUUGAACUUUUCCAUAUCAGCGGUAGUCCACGAGCCGUCCACACGGGCCAGAAUGUCACCAUCUUCUAUGCCAACCGCCUGGGUUACUACCCUUUCUACAACGAGCAAGGGGUUCCCAUCAAUGGAGGCCUACCUCAGAACAGCAGCCUUGAAGCACAUCUUCACAAAGCCCGAAAAGACAUAGCACACUUCAUCCCUUCUGAAGAUUUCCGGGGCCUGGCUGUGAUCGACUGGGAGUUCUGGCGGCCACAGUGGAAUCGUAACUGGCACAAGAAAGAAAUUUACAGACAGCGUUCACAAGAGCUGAUUGCACAGGCCUACCUUAAUGUGACCGAGGAACAGGUGGAAGAGCUGGCACGCUUGCGCUUCGAGAAGAGUGCCAUGGAGUUCAUGCAGGGCACGCUGAAGCUUGGUACACAAACUCGUCCACAUGGACUCUGGGGUUUUUAUCUCUACCCUGACUGUCACAAUUACAAUGUACAUGCACACAACUACAGUGGCACAUGCCCCCUACAGGAGAGCCAUCGUAAUGACCAGCUGUUCUGGUUGUGGAACAGCAGCACUGCCUUCUUCCCAGCCCUCGCUAUACGCAAAGGCCACAUGGACAGCAUUCGCAACCUGCACUUCUCACAGAACAGGGUACUGGAGUCUCUGCGACUGGCCUCCCUUACCUCAAUGCCCUAUGAGCUGCCUACAUUUGUAUACACACGCUUGGGGUAUAGAGAUGAGGCCAUGACUUUUCUGACCCAGAAGGACUUGAUACAUACAAUAGGAGAAAGUGCUGCUUUGGGUGCUGCAGGAUUCGUCAUUUGGGGAGAUCUUAACCUUACUUCUUCAAGGCACAACUGUUCCAAAGUGAAGGCUUUUCUGAACCAUAGACUGGGUCAGUACAUCACUAACGUUACGCAGGCAGCAGAAAUUUGUAGCCACUUACUGUGUCAGAACAAUGGCCGCUGUGUCCGUAGAGACCCACAGGCACCACACUACCUGCACCUGAGCCGCGGCAACUAUCGGAUCCUGUCUAAUCGCAAUGGCACCUUCACCGUGACCGUCCUCGAUCAAACGAAGAACGAGCGCCAGAUGCUGACUGACAGGUUCCGCUGUCACUGUUACCAGGGGUAUGAAGGAGAGCGCUGUGAUAGCAUAGAGCCGGAGGAGACAGAGGAGGACAACAUGAUAAAAGAGGAUGUAGAGGAGGAGAAAAUGGAGGAAUCAAAGGUCUACAAAGACAUAAGAGAUAGUGCUGUGCCUUUACAAAACGCCUUCAUCCUGACUGCUCUUCUACUCUUGUUGAACUUCAGUUCUAUUUAGAGGUGAAGUGUGUAUUUUCUGCAACACUAACAUCAGAUGGAACUGCCAAAAAACAACAAUAAUCAUUUUCAAACAGAUUUCCCAAACAUCUUCCUGUUUUUAUUGGUUGAAAAAACAGAUAGCUCCGCCCCAAACUCAUAAUUUGUUAAGCCACUGUUGGCAAUGGCUGAUAAAUAUGUAUGAGAAUUAGAUUUAAAGAUACCAAAUAACUAAUCCUUUAAAAUUUUUAUUUUUGCACAAUAUUUACUAAAUUAGAAAUUAUUAGUUUUAAAAUGAAUCAAUAUGAAAAAAUUUGAACAGGAUAGAAAAUUAUUGUAAUACUCGGUUUAAAAUUUCUGCAUACUAUAUUCCUUGAACUGUUACACAAAGUCAGUAAACAGAGAACACAGAGAACAGGAGUUAGCACUUUCAAAAUAAAAGUCCUUCAGACAGACUUCUGACACUUACCGACCAACCAGAAAAAUUCUAAUCUCACAUUAGAAAAAUGACACACUUCACCUUUAAUGAAAAGUGGAUAAAGAGCCACUUUGAUGGCACAUCAUCAAUCAGUCAUUUUUUUUUAUUUUAUGAUUUGCAUAAAAUGAAGAAUGAAGAUUGUAACAAUGGUACAACGGUGCUGUAUGCUAAUGCAGAUUAGAUGUAAGGCUUGUUUGCACAAUCUUCAGUCAGUUCUGAAUGAAUGCUCGAUGAUUGUUAACUUGUCAUUUAAUUUUUUUUCUGACAGGAAAGGUUAAAUCUAUGCAUUCUGUUUUCACAAAGCACUGACACCCAGAUGCUUCCUGUGAAGUAUAUUAGCAAGCUUAUCACUUAAACCUAUACUUGCUAUCAGAGCACUUCAAAGUCAGGGAGCGCUGGGUAUUCAAAAUUUACCUAAAUGAGGUAAGAUCCACUUAUUAUAUACACAUGUCAAGCUAUAAAAUCUAAACUGGCCAAAUGUUGUAUUUGUCGAAAUAGCUAAAUACCAAGUAGCUAAACUUAAAAGAAUUAGACUAUAUCAAAUAAUCAUUAUCUGAAGUGACUUGUGCUAGAGGGUGAAAAUAAUUCUUAGCCUAAUGGUUUAAAUCAUAAAAUAUUAUUGGCCUCAGUUUAUAAUAUUCUCAAAAAAGGGAAAACGGAUAUAAUACACAAAACAUGUUCAGAUGUUAAUGUUGUCAUCUUAUUGAACAUUGUAUAAAGUACAUUAGUAAAAUACAUUAUACCAUGCCAUUCAAAUGUAUAAAAUACAGUACAAAUGCCAGCAUGACAAGUUUGUCAUUAUACCAUUUUAAACAAUUAAUCAUUAUAUCUUUCAUCAUAUUUUAAGCUUUUAUCAAAAUUGCACACUAGAAUAAAUCAUUAUAAUCAUUAUAUUAAUGAUGAGAAAACUCAGAGGACACAACCAGAAUCGAAGCUAGUUGAACUUCUAUAAAAUACAAAAUAGUUCAUUUUAUUGUUUUUCCCCCAAACUCCUGAAAUGUGUGUUAAACCAAAGAUUAUGAAGAUGUAUGUUUACACGUGUAAGUUUGCAUUUGCUAAACUACAGAAUGCUGUGAUGUGUCAAAAGUCAUUACGAUUGUACGUUUAACGGUGUCUUUUUUUGUUCUUGAUUGAAUGAAGCCAGAAUGAUUGAUACUGAAAACAAAGAAAGGUAAUAUACCUCAACAUCUUUCAGUACAUUGAAUACUUUUAAUUAGCAGAUUCUGCGAUUUGUUAGAAAUUGUAAUAGAGGUCUACAGAUUUCAGGUUGAAGGAUAAUCAGACCAUGUUUUAAUGCUAUUUUCUGACCCGUUUGGACUCAAUAUGCAAAUUUUUCUAAAAUGCAGCAUUUUGUAGCAUGUAGACAGUAGUUCGUAUGUGACACUAUUAUCAGAGCCAGCAUUAUUGAUCAGUGUAUUUUUACCUCAGUGCUGAAGUACUCCAAAUAUAUUUCCAAAGGUUUAUUUUUUAUUCAUCUCAAAAUCAGUUGUUUAAGCAAUGUGUAAUUCAUUACUUGAUUUUUAUUUUAUUUUAUAUACAUUAAGCAAUACCAUUAAUUAAAUACUCAAUGAAGACAAAUGUUGCUUGACUCACGAUGCACUGCAAAUAAAGGAUUGUAACCUGGUCUUGA